AUCCUUUCUCUUCCUGAAACGAAUUUUGUCUCAAACUCUCCUCUACUCUCCUCUCAGACCUGCUCUCCCCUCACCGCCACUCUCUUCCGCCGCCGACCGUGUCCGUGAGGUUGGACUCCGUUACCAUUGUUGCUUGCAGAAUAUCAUUCAUAUUCUUCUUUCCACUAAUAUCAUUCAAGAUAUUUGUUCUAAUUAAGUGGACUGAAAUAUUUGAAGAUGUUGGCCAGCGAAUCUGCAAAAAGGAUAUCGUUUAAUCGAUCUAUUAGCAAUGGCGAUUUGGUUAUUGUUUAUGAAAGGCAUGACAGCAUGAAGGCUGUAACAGUGACUGAAGGAUCAGUUCUGCAGAAUCGUUUCGGUGUUUUCAAACAUUCAGAUUGGAUAGGGAAGUCAUUUGGGUCCAAAGUGUUCAGUAAUAAGGGCGGCUUUGUGUACUUGUUGGCUCCCACACCGGAACUAUGGACUCUAGUGUUAAGCCACAGGACUCAGAUUCUAUACAUUGCAGAUAUUAGCUUUGUUGUCAUGUACUUGGAGAUUGUUCCUGGCUGUUUGGUUCUUGAAUCUGGAACUGGAAGUGGAUCUUUAACUACGUCACUUGCAAGGGCAGUAGCUCCUACAGGACAUGUCUAUACGUUUGAUUUCCACGAGCAAAGGGCUGGAUCAGCUAGGGAUGAUUUUGAGAGGACUGGUCUAAGCAAGUUAGUCACUGUGGGAGUGAGGGACAUUCAGGGUGAGGGAUUUCCUGAAGAAUUUGCUGGCUCGGUGGAUGCAGUUUUUUUGGAUCUACCCCAGCCUUGGCUUGCUAUUCCUUCAGCUGCAAAAAUGUUAAAACAAGACGCCACGUUGUGCUCAUUCUCCCCAUGUAUCGAACAAGUACAACGAUCAUGUGAAACACUUCGAACCAGCUUCACCGAUAUAAGGACUUUUGAGGUACUUCUACGCACAUAUGAAGUUCGAGAAACGAAGAUGGAAAGAUUACAGGAGAAUGGGAAUAGCUCUAAUGUUUCACUUCCUUGCAAGAGGAGGCAGUGUUCAGAUGGAGGUAAUGUGCUCAGCAGUUCUAUUUCUUCUGUUACAGCUAGACCAUGCGGUGAAGCUAGAGGUCACACAGGCUAUUUGACAUUUGCAAGACUUAAAUGUCUAUCAUGAAGAGUGUUAUCAUGUCCCCUUGUUUUUCUUGUAGGAGAGAAAAUACUUUGUAAUUUUAUGAUCUGUUCAAUUUUGAACCUUGUGUAACAGUUUUUUUUUUUCUUUUCGUCUUCAACCAGAAGCAUUCAAAGAAAAUUUUGGCUAUAAAUCUGCUUUUCCUAUUA